AUGAAGGCAGAGAAACGGGUCAGGGAUCAGGACGCAGCGUCGGGAGUACACAAACAAUGCAAGAAAGGUGACAAAAUUUCGACAUGCGUGGGCGGCUGGACGGGAUCGUUGCCUACUGGAGAGUCUCCUGUGCUGUUGUCGGGCCGUUGCCGUGACCCAAAGAAUGGAAAGUUUCCUUUCCCUGUUCGCGACACUGAGCUGCCGCGGAUUUCAACAAGUCUCACCGCUUCAUCGCGACAAGGUGUGGAGAUCCGACUGAGCAAGGGAAGGGACAAACACUGCUCCGUUCGUUUGAGCAACCUAGCUGUUCAUUGUAUCUGUCUAUAA